AUGGCACAACAAUCUCAACAACCUCAUCGGAGUCUCUGGGAUCGUGAACCAGCAGAUGUCGCAAAUAUGCCACCGGUCUAUAGUCAAGAAAACAAGGCGCCACCUCAACCUCAACCACCAGUAUACGUAACGAAUGAUGGAAGAGGAGGACAGAGGGAAGUGGUGUAUGUGCAGCAAGAACAGGUCGAGAGGAAACAUAACAAGGAUGAUGUGGCUUUGGGGUGUUGUGCGGGGUGUGCAGCAGCUUGCUGUUGUUGUGGGUGUAAUGUUAUGUGA